AUUAAAAAAACAUAAUUAUAAAUAGUCUGUAUAUUAGUUAAAAGGAAAUUCCCUCUCUCGACUUUCUCACUAUCCACUUUCGAAGCCCACCCUACACCCCCAAAGCUCCCUCUCCGCCACAAAAACCCUCGUCUGGGGUUAGGGUUUUUGCACAGAUCUGGAUCUGUGAGGUGAACCAGAUGGAUAUUCGCAAGAGAGGGAGGCCUGAAGCUGGGUUGAACGCUAAUGGCGGCGCCAAGAAGUUCAAACAAGAAAUGGACUCAACUGGUGUAGGAAGCAAAUCGAAGCCAUGCACCAAGUUUUUCAGCACUGCUGGCUGUCCCUUUGGUGAGAGCUGCCACUUCCUGCACUAUGUUCCUGGUGGAUAUAAUGCUGUGGCACAGAUGAUGAAUCUAGCACCUGCUGUUCCUGCAGCAUCUAGAAACAUGGCGGGGCCACCAACAAUCCAAAAUGGCUCUACACCUGCAGUUAAAACCCGCAUGUGCAACAAGUAUAAUACUGCUGAGGGCUGCAAAUUUGGUGACAAAUGCCAUUUCGCUCAUAAUGACUGGGAACUUGGUAAGCCUAUUGCUCCAUCUCAUGAAGAUCCACGUGCAAUGGGACCUAUCCCUGGCCGAAUGGGUUCUCGGAUGGAGCUUGCCCCACCAGGCCCUGCUGCUAGCUUUGGUGCUUCGGCCACUGCAAAAAUCAGUGUCGAUGCUUCCCUUGCUGGAGCCAUCAUUGGGAAGGGUGGUGUGAAUUCCAAGCAGAUAUGUCGCCAGACAGGCGCCAAGCUUUCAAUUCGAGAUCACGAGUCUGAUCCCAAUCUCAGAAACAUUGAACUUGAGGGGACUUUUGAACAGAUUAAGGAAGCGAGUGCUAUGGUGAGGCAGCUAAUCGUGACUGUCUCAGUGUCCGGCCCUCCAAAAACCCAUGGAAUGCCUGGGGCUGCAGCUCCGCCCGGAAGCAACUAUAAGACUAAGCUGUGUGAGAACUUUACCAAGGGAUCGUGCACCUUUGGAGAAAGAUGUCACUUUGCUCAUGGUGCUGCUGAAUUGCGCAAAUCAGGAGUGUGAAAUGUAGUGGAUUGUCGCUAUGCAGUGGUCUUGUAUUAGGGAGGGGGUCUGUUUUGGGUUGUCGCUAUGCAAUGAAAACGUAGUGGAUUGAUGAGAUUGAUAUCUUGAGUUUUCGGGAUUCUUGUUUGUUUCAAAAUCAUUCACUGUUAACCAUAAUUAUUAGCUUCUAAAAGUA